AUGGCGCUGGAUUCUAUCCUCGCUAGAGUUAUCACCCUCCUCCCGUUGCAGCCGAUCCAUCCAGAUGCCGUCCGAGCGAGCAUCCUCAACGGUUCAGUGCACCUGUCCGAAGCCCUGGCCUGUCCAGAUUCAUUGAAUCGGGAGUGGCUGGGGGAGGAUAGUUCCCUGCGUGUGUCCUCCGCGCGUGUUGGGUCGGUGAGGCUGGAAAUUCGGCUGCUGGGCUCGGCACAUGUCAGGUUGAUCGUCAACGGCCUUCAUGUCUCCCUAGAGCCGAGGCCCAUUUGCAAGACACAGGUAGAUGGCAGGAAAGCGCUUGAGCAGCAGAAAGCGCCAGUGGUGGGUGCGGAGAAGGCAGAGGAUGUGGAAUCCAGUGGGGACGUAUCAAUGGAUCAGCAGGUCGCUCUACUGGACCCUGAGGGAGCGAGCCUCCACGAGGCCAUCAAGCGCCACGUGGCGCAACGCCAUUCGCCCUUCUCGUUCUCCCAGUGGCUGGGCCAACAGCUGGCGUCGUGGGUGCGUGUGGAGCUCCACGACGUGACAGGAGGCAGUCGGCAGACGGUGAGGCCGUCCCAGGUGGUUGGGCAGGCGCAGGGACGGCAGUUGAUGGGGUGGGCGUUGGGGUUGAGGUGGGCGCAGGGAGAGAAGCUAGUGGAAGGAAGGCAGACGGACACAGCACAUGGGGGGAUGGAGGUGCGAGUGGAAACCGUAGCAGCGGAGCCAGUGGGGUUACAGCUACCCGAUGCGACUGGUAUGGGAAAUCUGUUGCAGCCGCGGCUGUUGCCCUUGACACAGCAGAGGAGUCUCUCCUCUAAGGGCAAUUUCUGGAAGCCGCUGGUGCAGACUCGGUGGGUGGAAACAGCAGCAGCAGCAGCAGCAGCAGCAGAAGACGGCGCAUUGCAGGGAACUGCAGCAGAGGCAGCGUUUUUGGGGAGCACUGCGGGCACAGCAGAAGCAGCAGCAGCCGCCGCCACCGCAGCAGCAGCAGGUCUAUCACACCAGUUGAAGGCCUGGGAGGGCUCUUUACAGCAGUCUGUGCUGCUGGGCUGGGCUUUGGGUUUUGCCACCCUGGUCUGCCUCCUGGCGUUUCACCUGAUGCGUGCUGCCAGGGACACAGCUGCUCGCGCUGAGGCCGCAGCUAGGUGGGUGAAGGCGGGUGCAGAGCGGUUGAGAGCGGUGGCAGUGUGGGUGGUAGCAGCAGCUGUGUGGGUGGGGAAAACGGUGAGGUUGAUCGUGGGUGUGAGUCUGGGGGGUGGUAGAGGAGGGGAGGUUUGGAGGGAGGGUGGGUUGGAGCAGCGGUGGGAGGUGGGUGGGCUGGCGCUGUGGCUUGAAAGGGAGCAGGGAGCGGAGAUGGGUUGGGAUGGGUUAGAGGGAGGCAGAAGCGGUGGGUGGGAGGUACAGGCAGCUGGGUUCGAUGUGGUGGUGGGGCUGGUGGGAGCGGUGGGACCAGUAGGAGCAGUAGGAGCAUGUGGAGCAGAGCGCGCGGUGAUGCCUCCUGUGGUCCUUGACUCUAGUGCACGCGGAUACCGUGAUGCUGCUAGUGGCGUCCCUUUUGGUGAUGCUGAUGAGGGGGGUUGGGGCCAUGCAGACGCACUGCAUGUGUCGGUGUCAGGAGUGCGGGCAGGCAUGCUGUCGCUGUUAUCAGGAGGCUUCCAGUGCGGUGCUGAGGUGUAUGCAGUGCACGGAUGCUUGUGCGGUGCUGCACAUGUGUGCGCUGCUCCUGCUUCACACAUGGGCAGUGCCCCACACGUGUGCGCUGCAUCACACAUGGGCACUGCUCCACAUGCAUCCCAUUGCUCUGACUCACAUGAGAGUACGGCGCCGUUCCUAAGCCUGUCUGCUCGGAAAGGUCUGAGAGCAGCGGUUACUGAGAAGAAGAAGAACGUUGGUGAUAAUGAGGAGGGUGGAGGGGGGGCAGGCACAGGGGCUGAUUCAACCACGGAGGAGAAGCCAGGAAGCUUGGUGUCCCAAUUGGUUCGCCGCAUCCUACUCACCCCCCUGCCUCGCUUCCUGCACCUGCGUCAGUCUAAUGAAGACAAAUCUUCCAGAGUUGGGACUGAAGCAGAAGCACCGGAAGCAGCAACCGGAUCAAGCAAUAGUACCAGCAAACCUGGUGCUUUUGAGAACACUGGAAAUGGAAAUGUGGCCAAUCAGGAGCCGUUUUUGUUGUUCCAGAUGGCGGCCCCUGCUCUCGCCUCCACCAGGCCCGACAGGCCGGUGCAGGUCCACGUGGCAGUAGGUGAUUCGCUCGUGGCUGUGAGUCCAGAUCUGAUUGGCGCAUUUGUGGCGUUGAGAAAGCUACUGGGGCAGGUGUCAGAUGUGGCUAGUAGCAAAGGGAGUGGCUGCGAGGGGAGCAGCAGUAAGGGAAGCAGCAAUGAGGGGAGUGCAGAAAAGGAUACAAGCAAGGGUAGGGAGAGGAGAAGCAGAGGAAGCAGUAUAGGCCCAGUGGAAGGCAAAGAUUUAAUUUGUGUGAAGCACCCGACUAGUGAUGAUCUUCCCAUGACUGCUGCACAUCGUAGGAAUGACAGACACAACACCCAUGGGAUUCGUACUGACGGGCACAACAGGCAACCCACUCCCACAACAGGCUGUGACCAUCCCAGCAGCUUGGACAGCCUGUUUGCAGCUCUGCGGUUGGGACUAGAUGGACUGAUUCCCGGUGCGUCGUGGUGUGUGGACGCGACAAGUGGCGGGCUGUGGUUGGCGGUUGGAGUUCAGGCUGACGUGGCAGCGGCGGCGGCAGCUGCUGCUGUUUCUGGUGUGACUUGCAGCGGCAGCAAGGAAGCAAGCACUGGUGGCUGGCCUGGGAUGUCUGGUGGUGGCUUCCCUCUAGGGGGGAAAGGUGUGUCAGGUGUGAGAGGGGGUGCAGAUGCAGAUGCAGAGGCUUCCAGAGAGGGGGUGUUUCCGACCACCAGGGCUGUGCCGAAACCGCCGUACAACUUGUGUAGGGGUCCCAUUGGUAACUUCGGCAAUAGCCCUACAGGAGUCACUCAUGCAGGGCAAGCGGAAAGAAGGGGUCAUGUGCAAGAAGAGGAGGAAGUGCCGGCAUAUAGCGGCGGAGAGGGGAAGAGAGGGAGGGGAGAGGGGAGGAGGAUUCGGAGAGGAGACUCCAGAGAGGAGGGGGAUAUGCGGAGUGGUAAAGGAGCUGUAUUGGAAGAGGAGGAGGGUGGAAAGAGGAGCGUGAUUUGGGAAAGGUUGGAGCAGGCUGUUUGGAACGGACGGCCGAGAUCAGCCCGCAGCGGGGGAGAGUGCAAUCUAACGGUGGGAGAUUGUGGUAAACAAGGGGGUGAUGCGGCAGUGGGGUAUGGGGCAGUGGACGUGCACCAGGUGUGGCACAAUAGUGAUGCGACUAUAACGGGGCUCAGCAUCCAGGCAGUGGGUGUGCGUAUAGAAAGGGAUGAGGUGGGAGAUGGUGAGAUUGAUAGGAUGUAUUUGCAUAGGGCGGUGCUGGCUCCGACCCAACUCAGUGUGCUUGCCUCUCUGUACCGAUGUGAGACCACCACUUUAAUCACAACGGAUACAAUCACAUCUGCGGCGGCUCUGAUCCGCGUCCCUGUGGUAGCUGCUUCGGUGCCAGCUACCAUCGUCCACGCACUUCCACAGGUGUUACAAGCCAUUCUCAAUGCCAUGCCUGCUACUGACACGUCUAAGCAUACCACCACAACUAGCAGCAGGGCAACACAGCCCACAGCAGCAGCAGCAGCUGUACAUACGGCAAGCGCUGUAAAUAUGGCUCCCACUAGGAUUCUUCCAGACGUGCUGAGCUGUCCUCUGACACGUGGCACAGUGGAGGAGGAAAGGGGAGCAGAAGGGGACGAUGCUAUCGAGGGGCAGGAAAGGGAGGAGAGGAAGGAGGGGCAGGAGAGGCAGGAGGGGGUUGAGAGAAAUACUUCAUGGGUCGGGGGAAGGAAGAAAAUGGAGAGAAAUGACUUGUGGGAUGUGGGGCACGUGAGGGCAGAGAGGGGGGGGUUGGAUGAGGAAUUGCCGUUCAGCAGGAGUAGUAGCGUGCAGAUGAGAGGUAAGUGGGGUGCUCUGGAGAGUGGUAGGGAGGGGUUUAGGAGGAUUAGAAGCUUAGCCAGUGAGCUGCAAGGGAGUGGGGGAAAAGGAGGGAAGGGCUUGGGUAGAGAAGAAGGGGCGAUAGCAGGUACCAGCACCGACAGUGCGGGAAGAAGUGGGUUUGAGUGGGAUGGGAAGCGGUGGGGGGAAGGAGUGGGAAGCAGUCGAGGUGUGCGUCCGUGGAUGGUGCGGGGGCGAGGGCUUGUGGGAGGGCUUGGGGAGGUGGUGGGGGGAAGGAGAGACAGGGUAGAGAGGCCGUGGGUGGCGAAUGACGAGGUGGAUGAUGGAGUGAAGAGCGGUGAUGAGGAGUGGAGAGGUGAGAGAGAGGACCAUGGAGAACGGGAUGAUAGGGAUGAUGGUGGGGAUGUGGGGAAUGAUGAGAAUGAUGAGUGUGGGGACGGGGAGGAUGGGGAGCAUGGGGCAGGCAGUGUGGGAGCCGUUACAAAGCAGGGGAAUCAGAGAAGGGAGCAGCAGGUGGCAGCAGCAGAGGCGCGGAGUUUCAGUCUAGACGUGCUAGUGAGCGAUGACAGCGCAGAGCAGCAGGUGCUGCUGGGACUCGCGCCUCUGCUGCUCUCCUGCCAUUCUGAUGCACCUGGUGUGAUCCGGCAGGUGCUGCGGCUGGUGAAACAGCAGGAGAAGCAGCAUGGGAAGCGGGAACCGAGGAGUGGUGGCAGGGAGGGGCGGGGUAGUGGUGGCUGGGAUGGGAGGGGGAGUGGUGGAAGGAAGGGUGGGGGCAGCGGUGGAAGGAAGGGGAGGGGCAGCGGAGGUGAAUUGUUGUUUGCAGCGCUGCCUGUGCUGCGAGGGCCAGUGGACACAGUCUGUAUGGACCAUUUCUCUGCUCGAGUGGCGCAGUCAAAUGAACAAGGGGGUGGAGGAAGUGACGCGGCUGAUAUAGAUGCGGAUAGCAGCAUUCUGCCAGGACUUUCUGCUCGCCUGAGGCUGCAGCAGAGAUUCGUUCCUGGCUCUGACAGUGGUGUGGGCGGUGGUGGCAAUGGGGCGAUGCACAUUGGUCCGGCUAGAAAGUGGUGGGAUGCGGUGGAGGGGGGUGUGGAUGUGCAGGGAGCUGAUGUGGCAGUCACAGUGGCAGAGAUUCAGAUGCUGCUGUCGCUCCUCUCCUCCAUCUCGCCAUCACCACCAGCAGCAGCAGCGGUGGCAGAAGCUCAAACCUCUGAGUCGUUACCCACCUUCCAGCCAACCCGCCGUGCCGCCCCCACUGCUCCUGCCACUGGCAGGGCAGGUGGUGGAGACAGGAAUGGUGUCGCAACAGCAGCUGCUGCUGCUGGUGUCGUUGCUGGUAGUGCUGGGUCACUUGUGAAUCUUCAGCAAGGUUCACUGGUGGCCAUCCGGGACCUCGACACGCGCCAGUACCUCACAGUCGAAGACUCACCCUCCCUUCCAGGAAGCUUCCGGCUGUCGUCUGUGGCGCACUACAGUCUCGCUUCGAGCGACCGGGCGGUGUUUCUUGUCCAUUUCCCGGAGAGCCGCGGGUGGCCCCGAGAUGGGAAGAGUGCCGUUUCCCGCUGGUUCUGCCUUCAGUCUCCUUACACUGCUGAUGUUACAGGCACGGGGGCAGGGGCCGAGGCAGAGACUAGCACAGGUGCGGCAGGCACAGAUAGAGACACCAGGUCUGGCGAGGAUACAGACAGGGCUCUGGUGAGAAGCUCUGACAGGAGCGGCCUCUCAGGCAUGCCACGUGGUGCACAGGCUCCUGUUCGCCGGCCGCUGUGCGUGCACUACGAGCCGAACUCGCCCGGUGGGCGCAUUGCGGUGCAGAACGGUAAUGAGGGGUCGUGGGAGCAGUGGCGGCUGGUGGCAGAGGUAUCCUUGAAUUCCCCUCCUUUUCUUUCCUCCUUCCCUGCCCUGCGCAACCCGAUCAGGACCAGCCUCCUCACGUCAAGCCCAAUGGACCUCUUCUGGCGCUCCCGUGCACUCUGUACCCCUUAUAAGCCCGAAACACUGGCGCUGUUGAGGGUGCAGCAGGUGCGAGUGGUGGUGGAGGAGGAGUCUCUAGACGCAUUGCUGCUGCUGGUGGGACUGCUGGGACUGGCAGGCCCGUAUACUGUGCGCCACUCACCCAUCCUCGCCAACCGAUGCAUGGUAAGUACGGGGUUUGGGAUUUAG